AUGGAGUCUGGUUCCUCGGUUCAGCCGCGGAAGGAAGGUACUUGGACGAAGCUUAUCAUAUUCGUUGCGCUAUACUUCCUUCUCUUCGAGUCUAUUCUGGAAGCUGUACUUGCUCUCUACCUUUACGGAAAUGAACAGGUUGACUCAAAGAUGACUCUGAGUGUUGUGCUAUCUUUAGUGGCAUCGUGUUUCUCCUUUCCUCUGGUUGGUCUGCAGAGCCUGGUCGCCUGGCAGUAUAACAACAUCGGAGGAUUUGGAACGCAAAAAACUGUCUUGCAUAACGUCUGCACUUAUGUUCUACGACUCGACCUCAUGCUAUGGCUUGCUACCAGUGUAGCUGGUUUAGUGGUCGCCGCGCAGCAGGUUUAUUGUCUUCCCGAAGGCACAGAUGCGAGUUAUUGGAGAGUUGGUAUGAGCUGUGCUUUCCACCGAGCGACAGUGAUUAUAUCUGUGGUCUCGAUGGUUACCGUUUGCACCAUGUACUGUGCAAGAGAGCUUUGCGAUCGCCCAUAUGACGUCUCCCUUCUCGGGAUCUACAGGCGCCAGGAAGUUCUCCGAGACGGCAGUAUUUUGUCCGGAAACAGCUGGGAUAGCGAAGAGACACUCAAGAACGAGAUUCUCUACCUUUGUCGCCAACAUGACGGCAAUGGAACCGGAUACUCUUGGUCUGCAGACCCCAUCGCCAACAGAGUCAACUGUCAUCCCAGUAUCCGACACCCUGCUCCCGUUCGCUUCCGCCCCCAGCUCCGAGUCAAUACUGAUCCUGGCUCGACAUAUGGGGAGAUUGUUUCUGGAACAACUAUCUCCCCGGAAGACACUCUGACCCGUAUCUCGCCCGGAUCACAGAGCCUUGCUAGCGAAUUCUACCCUAUCUCGCGCACAUCUACCGUCAUGACUUCGCAAACAGGCAACGAGCUACGCGCCCUACUAUCUGAUGCACCCGUUCCCAAGGUCCCAACAAUCCCUGAAAAGUACGCUGGCCACAAGAGACAAAAGUCGUCACUGUCCUCUCUCAGACGUUUCCUCCCAAGGUCUUUCCCCUUGUCGCUGCCUUUAUCGUCGGACCCUCAGAUCCGAGCCCUCGCAGACCCCAAUGCUGCGUCAGAUGUCGAAAAGCAGGUCGUGACACCCAACAGCAUGCCCAAGAACACUCCUCAGUCCACAACUCCCCAGGUCACCGGAUCUAACAGCCAAGACUUCUCUCCAACCUCCCCAGCACAGGAAUCAAGUCAACCCCAGGUCCAAAAGAAAGACCACCCAGAAGGGCACACCCGAACCAUGACAAUGAAUUCCGCGGACGCCCCAGAGGUAGUUCCGUCAGCCCCGACAACACCACCAAAAGUCCGCCGCUCUCAAACAGUAUGCCCAAUACCAGCACCACGCUCCGUCCACCAUCCACACCACCCAAACUUCAUAACAGGUCCCCAACCGCCGCGCAAAUACUCCCAAUCAAGGCGAGCAUCAGGCCCACAAUUGCAAAUGCAAAUGCACAUGUCCCAAUCCCCAAUGCGCCGCAGCACAACCGCCCAACCAACUCUCAUCCAAUUCCCAUCCCGCAGCUCAUCCUACCACUUCGACCAAUCCCAAGUCCCGCGUCACCCCCAAUCUCAAUCACAGUACCACCCAAACCCCAACCAUCUCCAACAGCAGUACAUGCCCCAAUCAACCCGCUGGACAAGCCAGCGCCGCUUCGACCCCAGCCGCUCUAAGCCCCUAGCUCCGCGCCGCAAUGAUGUCGAAAUCAUCUACCCGAGUACCCGUCGUCCGCGCAGCAGUACCCAUGGCGGUGCAAGUGGCCCGCUAAGCUGUAUUAUGGAGACGGUUUCGAAUCCGCGGGCUUCAGCUGAUGAGACUCAAGCUGGUUCGGCGUCUUUUGGUGGUGAGAGUGGUGGGAUUGAUCAGACUACUUACCGUGGUGCGAAUCGUACUAGUAUUAACUUUUAUUAA